AUGUCAAACCUCACUUCUCUGGCCUGCAAAUUCCAUUCCACAGUGGCACCAGUUUGCUACGCCCAUCUGAUUGUCGCGCAGAUUGGACAGUUCAUGAAGUUCGAUGACUUGUCCGAGAAGUCUUCUGAAGUCAUGACAUCUGCAGGAGUUGCUGCUCUUCCUGAGCUCCCUAGGCUGCACGAAAACAUCCAGGCUUCGAUUUUCUUCUGCUGA